GGUCCUCCCAUCUUCCUCAGUUCUUCUUACAUUCUUGCCCGUCACAGUCCCCGUCCGCAGAUGCCUUUGACGCCCUUCGUGUUGUCGCGAUCUUUCCACCAGGAGGAGUCUCUCUCAUGGCGAUUCGUCAGGACGAGAAGCCGCAACCUCUCCCACAACCUUCCAAGGUUCAGCGAGGGACGUCGCUGAAGAGGAAGGAGAAGCUGCUCUCCAGAAGGCCAUUGGGUCUUCAAGGAACUUCCUGUAAGCAGCAAGGAACGUCGCUGAAGAGGAAGGAGAAGCUGCACUGUGGAAAGCCAUUGGGUCUUCAAGGAACCUCCAAUAAGCAGGUAAUCUGUUGUGGUUUGGGUAAGCUGAAAAGCCCAAAGAGAGAGAGAGCCACAGACGACCGAUUCUGUACUGAUUCUGCAAAUGAUGCUGUGGAGCGAGCAAAAAGAGUUCAGUCUACUCUAUCGCCAGAGUAUCCAGUCAUGGUUAAGCAUAUGCUACCAUCACAUGUUACUGGUGGGUUUUGGCUGGGUCUUCCAAAGAAAUUCUGCGACUCUCAUUUGCCACAGCAAGAUGUUACUAUUACUCUAGAAGACGAAACUGGCAAAGGAUAUGAAACCAAGUACCUUGGGGCAAAGUCGGGCCUGAGUGGUGGCUGGAGAGGGUUUUCCAUUGCUCAUAAUUUGCAGGAGGGCGAUGCAUUGGUUUUCCAAUUAGUCAAGCCAACCCGUUUUAAGGUUUACAUUGUGGGACGAAGCAAUUUCGAUGACGUGGAUGGGGCUCUUGGCCUCCUUAGUUUGGACCCCUGUUUAAAAACAGGGGAUUCUGAGAAUGGCUGCAAGACCUGCGAAAUAUCGGAUGAUGAUUAUUGGAAGCCUCUCACAAAGGAAAAUCCUCCAGAAAACUCUCAAAAUGACGACUUAAGAGCCUGCAAUGCACUUGCGUUGCCCGUCGCUGAUCAGGUCGAGAGUGAUCCUGGAGAUCCUGUCUCUGAAGUCCUCGAUGGAAUCCGGUUCUCCAAAAAAUUCAUCGACUUUAAAGACGUGAGAAGCGUCGAGAACUUUGAGAUAAUAGCCAAUGACCUAGUCAUUGACUCCGAACUGUCCAACCACUUUAGACUCAAAUACUAUGAGCUUUGCCGGAGUCAAAAGUCGUAUCUCCACGGUCGCCUCCUUGAAGGGUUGAACUACAAACUUGCCGCCGGCAUAAUCUCGGAGACAGUGAACGUAGCAGACGCGAUCCGGGCUUCGAGGAUCACGACGACAAUGAAGGAAUUUGAUAUCUGGCGCAAGACACUGAAGGCAUUUCAAGACAUGGGCAUGGACGUGGGGUUUUUGAGAGCCCGGCUUGAGCGGCUCCUGGAACUUGCGAUGAGGUCAAACAGGUACAGAGAGGCGGACAGUGAACGGUCUCAGGCCGAAGAGGAGAGGAGCAGGCUCGAGGCUAAGCUCGCGGAAGUAAGAGAAGCGAUAAGCAAGCUCGAUGAUGAGAUCGAGAGUUUGCGCAGAGGGAGUGAUGACCUCGAGAUGACAUUCAAAGAAGUUGCUAGUGCUCCUUGGUGAUUGUGAAAUGCUCUUUUUCGGCUUUUGACAUGCGUUCUUUUGGAGGAGAUGAAGAGAUCAUCCUGAUUAUGAAGAGUUAGACAAUUUACCAACAUGUGUAGUUUUGUGAAUCUCUAGUUGAAAAGGGAGUCUAUUGCUAAAA